CAACAGCAUCUUCAUUAGAAAGGAAAAAAAAAAAAAAAAAGAAAGAAAGAAACGGAGAUACACAUCUUUUAGAAGAAGACUAUUUAAACUAGAAAACGAGAAAAAAAAAAGAUUUACCCUUUUUUAUUAAUUCAUAGAAAGCUUAGAUGAAUCAAAAAAUAAAAGUUUAACUUUGACUCAUAACAACUCUUCUUCAGAAAUAAAGAAAGGAAAAAAGCAGCUUGAUCCUGAAUAUGUAAAAUCACCUUUACCGCCUAAUAAGAUUAAUCGACCAUCUUCAACAACAAGUAGACAUGGCAGCAGCACAGGUUCAAUGAAGCCAGUUCAUAAAAAUGGAUUUCUGUCUUUAUUACUAUGUUGUACAGUAGGUGCAGGUUCUUUUCUCGAUAAUAGCGACAAAUCAUCAAUCAGUAAAAAGAAUAGUAGCAGCCUCAGUAAUAACAAUAAUAAUCAACAAAUUAAAGAGAAGACAGAUGAUAAAGUUACUUCACCUGUUCCCGCUAUUGUUACUGAUCUAACUGAAUUAGAUAACUUGUCUUCCUCUUCUUCAUCUGCGGCCAAUAAUAGAGUGGAAGUAGACGAACCUAAUAAUAAUAAUAAUAAUAAUGAAUCCGCUUCUCCUUUAUCUCUUCAAUCCCAAACUUCUCCCGUUGGACCUGUUGUAUGGUUAUUACCGCCAUUAGCAAAUGAAGAUAGGCAAAGGAAAUGCCUCGUACUUGAUCUUGACGAAACAUUAGUUCAUAGCUCAUUUAAGAUUAUUCCUAAUCCUGAUUUUAUUGUACCUGUGGAGAUUGAUAAUCAAUAUCACAAUGUAUAUGUACUAAAACGUCCUGGAGUGGAUGAAUUUAUGCGUAAAAUGGGUGAAAAAUACGAAAUUGUAGUAUUUACCGCAAGUUUAGCUAAGUAUGCGGAUCCAGUAUUAGAUAUGUUGGAUAUACAUGGAGUUGUUAAGCAUAGAUUAUUUAGAGAAUCAUGCUUUAAUCACAAAGGAACUUAUGUGAAGGACUUGUCACAAUUAGGAAGAGAUCUUGCAUCAACAUUAAUUCUUGAUAAUUCGCCAGCAAGUUAUAUCUUCCACACAGCAAAUGCAGUACCUGUCUCAACAUGGUUUAAUGAUCCUCAUGAUACCGAAUUAACUGAUCUUGUUGCCUUUUUAGAGGAUUUAACUGUUGUAGAUGAUGUUCAGCUUGUGUUGGAUAAUGUUAUAGAUCGUAAUUUUACUGUGUCAUCUAAAGCUUAAUAAUAUUUCCUCUUUAUUUAAUACCCCCUUUUAUUACAUUAUAAGAAAAAAAAAAAGCAAGCAAAGGAAACUUUAUCCUUACUUAUCCAAAUAUAUUUAUUUUUUUGUUAAUUGGAGGUUUUAUGAACCCCAUGCUCACUCUCUCUAUCCCUUCAUUCUUAAUUAAUAUAUUAUAUUUGAAUAUAGUGUAACGUUCAAAAA